AGCUCCAAAAGAAAUUCUCCAUUUUCUGAGGAGCCAAACAGAAAAACAAUGGCCUCUUCCUCUAUCUAUUUCCUUCUCAUAUUUUUUUCUUUUGCCUCUGUCUGCUUGUCCUCACCAUUGUCAAACCAACCCAAAACCUUCAUAAUCCACACUUCAAAUUCACAUAAACCGAUCCUUUAUAACACUCAUCAUGACUGGUAUCACUCCAUCAUCAAUUCUCUACAUUCUGAUCACCACCAAGCCAAGAUCCUCUACACCUAUAACCGCGCCGCCAACGGCUUCUCGGCCCACCUGACUCUGUCGCAGGCAUCAAUACUACGCGAUAUUCCCGGCAUUAUCUCUGUCGUACCGGACCAAAUUCGCCAGCACCACACUUCACGCACUCCUCAUUUCUUAGGUCUUUCAUCUGAUUCUGGUCUCUGGCCUAAUGGGGAUUAUGGUGAGGACAUCAUCAUCGCGGUUCUUGAUACUGGUGCUUGGCCAGGGCAUCCUAGUUUCUCGGAUGACCAUUUGACUCCUGUUCCUGGUGAAUGGCAAGGUGUUUGUGAAACAUCAGCGGAUUUUCCAGUUGGUUCUUGUAAUAAGAAACUUAUUGGCGCUAGAGCUUAUUAUAAAGGGAUUCUUGCAUAUCAAGGCGAAAAUGUCGAUGAACCGACUGAUUCCUAUACUCCAAGAGAUACUGAGGGUCAUGGAACACACACUGCAUCAACUGCUGCAGGUUCAUCAGUCUAUAACGCGAGCCUUUUCCGAUAUGCAAAAGGCGAAGCUCGAGGUAUGGCAUCCAAGGCGAGAAUCGCAGCUUAUAAGAUUUGUUGGAGUGUGGGUUGUUCUGACGCCGACAUUCUUGCUGCUAUGGAGCAAGCAAUUAUAGACGGUGUUCAUGUCAUUUCUCUAUCAGUUGGUGCUAAUGUUGCUCCUCACUAUGAUCAAGAUUCACUUGCCGUCGGUGCUUUCAAAGCUACACAGCAUGGAAUUAUCGUCUCUUGCUCAGCUGGUAACUCUGGUCCAGGUCCCUCCACAGUAGUAAACAUCGCGCCUUGGAUUCUAACCGUUGGUGCUUCCACCAUUGACAGAGAGUUCCAAGCUAAUGUUAUCCUCGGCGAUGGGACCGUCUUACGUGGAGGAUCUCUCUACGGUAAGCGACGUCCUGUGCUUAAGCGUCCAUUACUAUAUAGUGGUAGCCUCGGAAAUAGGUUUUGUUUACCGGAUGGUUUCAAUUCGUCGGUUCGAGGAAGUAUUGUGGUGUGUGUUCAUGGAAGAAUUGGGAGAGCCGCGAAAGGAAAUGCGGUGAAACUUGCAGGUGGCCGCGGAAUGAUAUAUGUGAAUAUUGGUGACGAACUUACUGCUGAUGCUCAUGUUUUACCGGCCGCUACGAUUGGUGUAGCUUCUAGAGACAUAUUGCAUGAUUAUUUAAUAGCGGACCCUUCUCCUACUGCAACAAUUGUUUUUCGUGGAACAGUAAUUGGUGAUUCACCUUCAUCUCCUGGAGUUGCAUCCUUUUCGAGCCGCGGUCCGAAUCGUAUAACACCUGAGAUUUUGAAGCCUGAUGUUAUUGCUCCCGGGGUGAACAUCCUUGCCGGAUGGACAGGAGAUGCUGCACCAUCAGGUUUAGACAGUGAUCGUAGGAGAGUUAAAUUUAACAUAAUUUCAGGCACAUCAAUGUCAUGUCCACAUGUUAGUGGAAUUGCAGCUUUGCUUAGAAAAGCAUAUCCAAGUUGGUCUCCUGCUGCUAUAAAAUCAGCUCUAAUGACUACUUCUUAUAACUUGGAUAACUCUGGAACAGACAUUAUUGACCUUGCUAGUGGUCGAAAGUCAACACCUUUUGUUCAUGGUGCUGGCCAUGUUGAUCCCAACAGUGCUCUUAAUCCUGGACUCGUUUACGACAUGGAAACUAGCGAUUACAUCUCGUUUCUUUGCUCGAUCGGGUAUGAUGCACAGCAAAUUGCAGUUUUUGUUGACGAGGCUACAAGUUGCGACAACAUGAUAUUGCCUAGUCCGGGCAGUAUUAACUAUCCAUCGUUUUCGGUUGUUUUCAAAUCCACAACUGAUGUGGUUACGUACAAACGUGUGGUUAAGAAUGUUGGUAGCUCUGUUGAUGCGGUUUAUGAUGUUAAGGUCAAUGCUCCUGAAAAUGUAGACAUUACAGUCUCGCCGAGUACACUUGUGUUCAGCGCAGAAAAUCAAAGUUUGUCGUACGAGGUUAUGUUCGCGAGUUCUGUUAGCUCGGGGGGACCAAUCGCUCAAAGUUUUGGGUCAAUUCAAUGGAGUGAUGCGACUGAUCACACGGUUAGGAGUCCCAUUGCUGUGCAAUGGCUACAAGGUCAAGGAGAGGCUAGGGCUUCCAUUUGAUUCCCAGAUUUGGAAUUUGUUUAAUUAUUGCAAACACAUAAAAGCAAAUUUUAAUUGCUUGCAAAUUUCCUUGUUGUAUGUAUGAAUAAGUGUUUGAUCAUGCUUUAGCAUUUCACCUGACUAAGGCUUGCAUUCUUACAGCCUGGAACAAAAAUGUUUUUACUGUUUGAUCAAUUUAAUUUUGUGCUUUUUUUUGGAUAAA